UCCGGUCCGGUUCGGUCCAGACAGCCUCCAGCUAGCCCCCCCGAAACGACCCCCGGGCACCCCGGCGGGGCUUGGCGGAGCCCCUGAGUUCGGCCCGGUUCGGCCCACUUGGGCCCCGGACUCGAACCCCGAGCCCGGGGCCCCUCGCCAUGUCCUCGGCCAGCGACCCCGGAGGCCGCUUCCCGCUGCACCUGCUGGUCUGGAACAACGACUACCGGCAGCUGGAGAAGGAGCUGCGGGACCAGAACGUGGAGGCCGUGGACCCUCGAGGCCGAACUUUAUUGCAUCUUGCCGUGUCCUUGGGACACUUGGAAUCCGCUCGGGUCCUGCUGCGACAUAAAGCUGAUGUCACCAAAGAAAACCAUGAGGGAUGGACAGUGUUGCACGAAGCGGUGAGCACCGGCGACCCCGAGAUGGUCUACGUGGUUCUGCAGCACCGGGACUACCACAACACCUCCACGGCCCUCGAGGGGGUGCCCGAGCUGCUCCAGAAAAUUCUAGAGGCUCCGGAUUUCUAUGUGCAGAUGAAGUGGGAAUUCACCAGCUGGGUGCCCUUGGUUUCUAGAAUCUGUCCGAACGACGUGUGUCGAAUAUGGAAAAGCGGUGCCAAGCUGCGUGUCGACAUCACCUUGCUGGGGUUCGAGAACAUGAGCUGGAUCCGAGGGAGGCGCAGCUUUAUAUUUAAGGGAGAAGACAACUGGGCCGAGCUGAUGGAAGUGAACCACGAUGACAAAGUGGUCACCACGGAGCGCUUUGACCUCUCCCAGGAGAUGGAGCGCCUCACCCUGGACCUCAUGAAGCCCAAAAACAGGGAGGUCGAGCGGCGGCUCACCAGCCCGGUUAUCAACACCAGUCUCGACACGAAAAAUAUCGCUUUCGAAAGAACUAAAUCCGGAUUCUGGGGCUGGAGGACAGAUAAAGCAGAAGUUGUUAAUGGUUACGAAGCAAAGGUUUACACAGUCAACAACGUGAACGUCAUCACCAAAAUCCGGACAGAACAUCUGACCGAAGAGGAAAAAAAGAGAUAUAAAGCCGACAGGAGCCCCCUGGAGUCUCUGCUAGGCACCGUGGAACACCAGUUUGGCGCUCAAGGGGACCUCACCACCGAAUGUGCCACCGCCAACAACCCCACAGCCAUCACGCCUGACGAAUACUUCGACGGGGACUUUGACCUCAAAGACCGCGACAUUGGGAGGCCCAAGGAGCUGAGCAUCAGGACACAGAAGUUUAAAGCGACCCUGUGGAUGUGCGAGGAGUUCCCGCUCUCGCUGGUGGAACAGGUCAUCCCCAUCAUCGACCUCAUGGCCCGCACCAGCGCCCAUUUCGCCAGACUCCGAGAUUUCAUCAAACUGGAGUUCCCGCCCGGGUUCCCUGUGAAAAUAGAAAUCCCCUUGUUUCAUGUCUUAAAUGCCCGGAUCACGUUUGGAAACGUAAACGGCUGUAGCACAGCAGAAGAAACUGCAGCUCAGAAUGUGGAAGGCACCCAGCCGGAUUCAGCAGCGCAGAUGACCAAUUUUGAGGUGGAUCAGUCCGUAUUUGAGAUUCCCGAGUCCUACCACGUGCAGGACAACGGCCGCAACAUGCACCUGCAGGAUGAAGACUACGAGAUCAUGCAGUUCGCCAUCCAGCAGAGCCUGCUUGAGUCCAGUCGUGCCCAGGACCUUUCGGGACCAGCUUCCAAUGGAGGUAUCAGCCAGACACAGGCCUACGAUGACGACCAGUACGAGAGGGCCAUCCAGGAAAGCCUCCUCGCCAGUUCCGAGGGCCUGUGCCCCAUCUCCAGCGAGUCCAGCCGCUUCGACAGCGACUUACAGCUGGCCAUGGAGCUGUCGGCCAAGGAGCUGGAGGAGCAGCAACUGCGGCUCCGUGAGGAGGAGGCAGAGCUGCAGCAAGUCCUGCAACUGUCGCUCACCGAGAAAUAGACCUCUGGGCCCCGUGGGCUGCACCAGGAGCCUCUGUUCCGCACACGAAGGCCCCAGGGCCGGGUGGGGGGCUGUCCUCACGUACUGCCACAGCCGGGCCCCACUUACACACCUGCACACCAUCGGAGGAGCAGGAGCAGGACCCCAGGCCCUCCCACCGUGCUCCCUGGCGAAGGGCUGGAGACAGGCCGGUCCCAUCACCAGGCUAACGGGAGGAGAGAGCAGAGAGCGUGUCAUUUUCCAUUAGCUAGGCUGGCUUGCAGGUCACAUUUUUUAAUACCAGCUUUAGACAGAAGCCUUCCCC